UGUACUUUUGAAGACUAGCCUGCUCGCCGGCACUCCGGCCCGAGUUUCCCACUGUUACUGUUGACUUCCAUCAUCUCAGGCAAUGGCCUCCCAGAUCCUUCCUCUAGAGCUGAUCGACAGAUGCAUCGGGUCGCGGAUAUGGGUCAUCAUGAAGAGCGACCGUGAAUUUUCAGGGAUUCUGUUGGGAUUUGAUGAUUUCGUUAAUAUGGUCCUCGAGGAUGUUACAGAGUAUGAGACGACACCCCAAGGCAAAAAGAAGACGCAUCUUGCGCAGACGCUUUUGAACGGGAAUAAUAUCUGUAUGUUAAUUCCUGGCAGUUCUGGCCCAGAGGAUACGUAGAAUCACUCUUCCAGCAUGUAUCUCAUUUGUAACAUAGCGACGUGCAUACUUGUUUUCGUGUUUAGUAGCUACAGAGCGUGAC